UGUUACACGGGCGACUCUGGCGCUAGUCCGCCGCUGUCUGAGCGCCGAGCUGCAGGCCACUCCUCGACGCCCGUUCGCGAAGACCAGCCGCCGCCGCCCACCGCAGCACCCCGCAAGGUGCCGAUCGCGCGUUCGCACUUGCGUCCUCGCCGUAGCCGCAGAGGAGCCGCCGUGAAGGGAAACUGUUUCCGUUUCUUCUGCGCGCCGGAGAGCUUGCGUAUUCUUCGCAUCGGGGAGAACGCCGAGCCUAAGAGAUGGGGGAUGUGAGCAGCCGACUUCAGGGCAACGACGACGAUGGGCAGCCCGGAAACCCAAACGAAGUGGUCCGGGUGCGCUCCGUGGACAUGUACGUGACGUACAACGCGGAGAACCACUUCACGAGGGGAUUCGCCCGGACUAAAUCACAAAAACCAGCCCCCGUGUUUCGGCGGGGGCAGUCUUUCACAAUGGUGAUCAACUUGAACAGAGCCUUCAACCCGGAGACCGACUCGUUGUCCCUCUUCUUUGGAAUAGAAGGCGAGAACCGCACAACCUACACAAAGGAGACGGUCGCCAUGGUCCCCGUGGAUUUCAGAAGUACAGAGGCUUUGUCGUCCGGCACCUGGAGUGCUGUUGUGAGAAAAUCGGAGGACAAGGCCCUACUUGUCGAGGUUAUGACGCCAUCGACGUGCAUCGUUGGAUCGUGGAUUAUGGAUGUCGACACCAAGAUGCGUAACGUCGUGGAAUCCGUGGGGGCCCGUUUUACUUAUCCGGACCCUAUCUUCAUACUCUUCAACCCGUGGAACAAAGAUGACUCUGUGUACAUGGACAACGCCGAAGCAAGGUUUGAGUACGUGCUCGCUCACAGCGGCAUCAUCUGGCGUGGAACCUACAAUAACAUGAAGCCAAGCCCUUGGAAAUACGGCCAUUUCGAAGAGAAUGUCCUGGACUGCUGCCUUUAUUUACUGAGACGCGUCGGCAGCCUUCCUUUGCAAGCGUGUGGAAAUCCUGUGCUUGUUGCUCGCCACGUUUCCGCCGUGGUGAACUCGUCAGACGACCAGGGUGUACUCGCGGGAAAUUGGACCACAAACUUCUCUGGCGGCGUCCCUCCGGUCUCCUGGACUGGCAGCCAUCCGAUCCUCCAACAGUACUUCAAGACCAAAAAGCCUGUCAAAUUCGGACAGUGCUGGGUCUUCGCCGGUGUCACUACCGCCGUUUGCCGGGCACUCGGCAUUCCAGCGAGGACGGUGACCAACUACUACUCAGCGCACGACACCCAGGGUAGCGCGACAGUGGAUCAGUUCUACGACGAGAAUGCCAAACCCGUGGAGAAACUCAACACCGACUCAAUCUGGAACUUCCACGUAUGGAACGAAGUUUGGAUGAGGCGACCAGAUCUUGGAAAAGCGGAUGAAUACGACGGUUGGCAGGUCAUCGAUGCUACACCACAGGAAAUGUCCGGAGGUAUCUUCGCCUGCGGACCGUCAAGUGUGAAGGCCAUCAAGGGUGGAGAGCUUGCUAAGCCAUACGACUGCACUUUCGUGUUUUCAGAAGUGAAUGCCGAUCAGGUUUACUGGCGCUACGACAGCCCGAGGAAACCCCUUAAGAUGCUUAAGAAGAUCACAGAGAGAGUCGGGAUGCUAAUAAGCACCAAGGCCGUGGGCCGCUGGGAGAGGGAAGACAUUACCAUGGAAUACAAGUUCUCGGAGGGUACCCAAGAAGAAAGGGACGUGGUUCUAAAGGCUCUGAGGGAGAACAACCACGCAUACUCUCGGUUCUACCUCAACGACUCUAUGGACGACGUGCAAUUCGUUAUCGACCCUAUCAAGGAAGUGCUUGUAGGAUCCUCGAUAGUGGUGCGGGCUAAAGCUAUCAACAAAAGCGCAACUAGGGCUUACCAAUGCAAGAUCGCUGUCCGCAUAGAGACGGUUAACUACACUGGAAUGACCAAGAGGGCGCUCAAGCACCAGAACUUCCCGGUCACCCUCAGGCCAAAUGCCGAGGAGAUGCUUUCUUUGACGGUUCACUACAAAGACUACGAAAGAGACAUCAGCGACCAAGCCACCUUUAAGGUUACCAUGAUGGCGACUAUUCCGGAAGUCAAAUACGACUACAUUGCUCAAGAGGACUUCAUGCUCACCAUGCCGGAAAUCGAGAUCAAGGCAUAUGGUCCGGUCACCGUCGGACAGCGGCAAAAGUUUACGGCAAGCUUCCAGAACCCUCUGCCGGACAAGCUUACCAGGUGCUUCUUCGCCAUCGAAGGACCGGGUCUGAGCCGACCAUACUACCUUGCACUGCGAGAAGGAGUGCAGCCGAGGAGCGAAGCCUGGGUGGAGUUUGCGCUGACUCCAGCCACGACGGGACCAAGAUCCAUCGCGGCCAAGUUCAUAUCGCAACAGCUGAACGACGUGGAGGGCUUCUUGGAGGUCAACGUCCAGGGCGAAGAACCCGGCGAUGGGCCACUGUCGAACGCCGUCGAGUAGACGAUCGAUGUUCGCUCCGUGCCGAGUGGUUUUCAAGCCUGCCAGAUUCCGAUGCCCGGCUUCGCAACUCUAACUGGCGACAGCGGUAUAUGGUGCGUGUGCGCCCGUUCAUGCAGGGGGGCAUCGUCAGUGGCCGAGUUCUAAAAGUGAGAGAGACAAAGAAAAAAAAAGAAAAGCACAUUUACAGCGUUUCCUUUCCUCCCUUUUAUUCACUUGCUAUUCCCACAAAGAUAGGUAUAGUAUUGCAACUAGUCUGCUUGCUUAUUUUCGUUCCUGUCAUAUUUUUUGCACUUCUGUAUUUUAGCCUGAUGGGGUAAAUGUCGCUGACGCGUAAAGCGCUCUUUAUAUUUCUUUCGCACGACCGUGCGCAGUGUUGCGCGGUACAUUGCAUGAACGCACUUGAAAAAGUACUGCCGGUCCGAAUCAUCUAAACAGAGCUUCUGUAAAGUCUCACGUGGGUGGCAUUGGCGGGAAUGAAAAAGAAAUAUGAUACUGCGGCAAGAUGAUAAAAUGAGAAACUGCCUCGCGACUUAGUCCCACUGUAGAAUCGUAAUGGUUGUCUGUGUCUGGAGUUUCAAGAGAGGCCAAUAAAGCAAUGCGUGAAUCUGCA